GUCGACCUCAGCGCUGCGCUCAGCGCCCUGAUUCCGUCGCAGCCCGCCACCCCGUGCCCAUUCCCGGCCGGGCCGCCCCCCGGCGACUGGGGCAUCUUCCCGGGUGCGGCGGCGAAGGGCCGCGCGGUUUUGUCCCCGGCUGCGGCGGGGCCCCCUGAGCUGAGCCCGCCGCGCAGCCCGCCAACGAAGUGGAUCGGCGCUGGGCCAGAGUCCCCGCCGCCCCCGCCGCCGCCGCCGCCUCUGCCGCCGAAAGCGAGCGCGGCCGACGCCGCCUACACAGGGGCGGCGUCGCCAGCCACCCCGAAGGCCGCGGCGGCCUCGCCCCCGGCUAGCCCGCUGCCCGCGUCGCCGGGCCCGCCGCUUCUGAGCCCGCCGCCCCUUCCGCCGGGGUGGGAGUCCCGGCGUGACUCGGGCAGCGGCGCCUUGUAUUUUCAGCAUCGCAGCUCAGGUGGGCGCGCCCCAGCCGUGGCGGGCGCCGCAGGCGGGCCGACCGCGCACUUGGUCAAGGCGCCCCCGCCCAGUUCCUCUCCGCAGCCCGCUUCGAGCGCCCUGAAGGACCACGCCAGUGAGCUGGCAGCUUUGCGCCAAGAGCUCGAGCAGCUCCAAGUUGCCCGCGCGGGCUGGGAAGUGCUGGUCGGCGCGGGGGGUGGGAAAGCGUGGUUACACCGCGCUUCCGGCGUCGUGCGCCCAGACCAGCCCCCCGAACUUGUCCAGUACGCGGCGUGCGCCGCGCGGCUUCAGGAGCGCGUCCGAACGUGCGAGGAGGAGCGCGUCCGCGCAUGCGCGGCUGUGGCUACAGUAGUGCGGGGCGUCCGCGGGACCCUGCCGCCAACCCGGCCCGCGCCGCUGGCGUCGCCCCCGCGCGCGCUUCCGCCCGCCUUGUCGCCGCUGCUCUCGGUGCCUAUUGCCGCGCCACAGCACGCGCCGCAAUUGUCUUGCGCAGCUCCCUCGCCCCAUGCGGCGGGCCCCCCCGGGCCCCCCAGUGCGCUGCCGCUGCUUGACCCCGUUGGCUCGGCCGCGGCGGCGCCUGACCCGCGCCAGUUUGCCGCCCUCGGGAGCGAGGCUGAGCUCCGCGAGGCUGUCUCCGGCCGGCUGCACAAAGUCCGCGAGUCCUUCGGGCCAAAGCCCGGGGGCGGCCGCGCGAAGAUCGCGGUCUAUUUCGCCUCCCGCUGCCACUCGGAGGUUGACCUCCACAAUGCUGUCAUGGCGAUGGGGGUGGCGAUUUUGGCCGGCAUGCGCCGCGGCGGAGCGGGGAAACAGGUGACCGCAGUGCCCCCCUUCGCCCUUGGGACCGGUGACUUUUCACAGCCUGGCAUAGAUAUCACGUAUUCUAAUUCGCCCAAGCAGGUUUUGUCCAUCCAGCUGCAGAAUAAGAAGCAGGGUCGAAUUGUCAUGCACGCCACCCGCCCUCUCUUUGAAGAGCAUAUUGAGGAGCUCCUGCUUUUCUUCGGCCUCGUCACGGACAUCGAGGGCCCCGAGCCGACGGCCUCGGCGCAGGGGCUUCUUUCGGCGCCAGUGCAGCGCCUCA